AUGUGCGCCAGCAGUGCCAACUGUGUGCUGCUGAUAGAGACACCAUCAGGCCUUUUCCCUUCUUCAAUCAAAACAAGCUGUAUGGUACAUGGGAUGAUGUGGAUGGUACAUGGGGUGAUGUGGAUGGUACAUGGGAUGAUGUGGAUGGUACAUGGGGUGAUGUGUAUGGUACACGGGGUGAUGUGUAUGGUACAUGGGAUGAUGUGUAUGGUACAUGGGGUGAUGUGGAUGGUACAUGGGGUGAUGUGGAUGGUACAUGGGUUGAUGUGUAUGGUACACGGGUUGAUGUGGAUGUUACACGGGUUGAUGUGCAUGGUACACGGGGUGAUGUGCAUGGUACACGGGGUGAUGUGCAUGGUACACGGGGUGAUGUGGAUGGUGAUGUGCAUGGUACACGGGGUGAUGUGGAUGGUACACGGGGUGAUGUGGAUGGUACACGGGGUGAUGUGCAUGUUACACGGGAUGAUGUGGAUGGUACACGGGGUGAUGUGCAUGUUACACGGGUUGAUGUGCAUGGUACACGGGGUGAUGUGGAUGUUACACGGGGUGAUGUGCAUGGUACACGGGUUGAUGUGCAUGGUACACGGGUUGAUGUGCAUGGUACACGGGGUGAUGUGCAUGGUACACGGGGUGAUGUGCAUGGUACACGGGGUGAUGUGGAUGUUACAUGGGUUGAUGUGCAUGUUACACGGGAUGAUGUGCAUGUUACACGGGAUGAUGUGCAUGGUACACGGGGUGAUGUGCAUGGUACACGGGGUGAUGUGCAUGGUACACGGGAUGAUGUGCAUGUUACACGGGGUGAUGUGCAUGUUACACGGGGUGAUGUGCAUGGUACACGGGGUGAUGUGCAUGGUACACGGGGUGAUGUGCAUGGUACACGGGUUGAUGUGCAUGGUACACGGGUUGAUGUGCAUGUUACACGGGGUGAUGUGCAUGGUACACGGGGUGAUGUGCAUGGUACACGGGUUGAUGUGCAUGGUACACGGGUUGAUGUGCAUGUUACACGGGGUGAUGUGCAUGGUACACGGGGUGAUGUGCAUGGUACACGGGUUGAUGUGCAUGGUACACGGGUUGAUGUGCAUGUUACACGGGGUGAUGUGCAUGGUACACGGGAUGAUGUGGAUGUUACACGGGGUGAUGUGCAUGGUACACGGGAUGAUGUGCAUGGUACACGGGGUGAUGUGCAUGGUACACGGGUUGAUGUGCAUGGUACACGGGUUGAUGUGUAUGUUACACGGGUUGAUGUGCAUGGUACACGGGUUGAUGUGGAUGGUACACGGGGUGAUGUGGACUGCAUGCUAG